CACAAAAGAAAAUGGCAGCCUCCAGUAAGGAAGAAUAUUUGAAGAAAUAUCUUUCUGUCAACGCCGAAGAAAAGAAGAAGAAGAAAAAGAAAAAAACUGGUGUAGCUCCUGCAAAAGUUGGCAGGUCAAGAAUUGUGGAUGAUGAUGUUGACUUUAAAAGCCUCCUACCUGAGAACUUAGCAAACACACUGGAGGAAGAUGUUGGGGAUAAUGAGCCAGUUAUUGCUGACUUUGUUGAUGAGCGACCGGAACAUGUCAAGCUGUUAGAAAAAUACAGACAAUCAGGAGCUUGGAAAUUUCUUGGGAAAGAUGAUGAAAAUAAUGAAAAUGCGCAGAGACAUGAUUCAGAUUCUGACCAAUCACCAGGAAGGAGACAAAGACAUGAUUCAAUCUCUGACCAAUCACCACCAAGGAGACAAAGACAUGAUUCAGAUUCUGACCAAUCACCACCAAGGAGACAAAGACAUGAUUCAGAUUCUGACCAAUCACCACAAAGGAGACAAAGGCAUGAUUCAGAUUCUGACCAAUCACCACCUAGGAAACAUAAAAAUAACUCUGAUUCUGAUAAGUUAUCAAGCAAAAGGAAAAGGAAUAGGAGUAAAUCUCCAUCAAACAGUAGUUCAAAAAUGUCCAAUUAUAAAUCAAAUUUAAGAACUGAUAGUGACCAGUCACCUCCAAGGAGGCGGAGACAUGAUUCUGAUAAUGACCAGUCACCUCCAAGGAGGGGGAGGCAUCAUUCUGAUAGUGACCAAUCACCUCCAAGGAGGGGGAGACAUGAUUCUGAUAGUGAUCAGUCACCUCCUAGAAGAAAAAGAAAUCAGUCAGAUUCUGAUCAGUCUCCACCAAGGCGUCCAGCAUCAUCUAAAAAUAAAUCCAGAAAAGAAAGUGCAAUAAACUCUAAGACUGAUAAAACUCUUUCUGGGAAAAGGGCAGGUUUGUCCUCAGCUCAGGAAAUGAGGAAAGAAGCAGAAGAGUUAAAAAGAAAAGAAGAUGCCAAAUUUAAACAGAUAUCAGAUGAAAGGUUGGGAAAAGAUGCUGCAACUGUGUUCAGAGAUAAAUCUGGGAGAAAAAGAAAUUUGGCCGAAGAAAAAUUGAAAGAAUCAGAAGAGGCAAAGAAAAAGGCUAAAGCAGAUGAAAAAUUCCAGAAGUGGGGAAAGGGACUUAAGCAGAUAGAGGAACAAACAAAGCAGGUUGAGGAUGCUUUACACGAGGCAAAUAAACCACUGGCUCGUUAUAAAGAUGACAAUGAUCUUGAUGAGAUGUUACGUAACAUGGACAGGGCUGAGGACCCCAUGCUGGCUUUUAUUACAAAGAAAAAGAGCAAAAAUGCUGGGCCUGCAAAGAAAGAGAAGCCAAAAAUUUCUGGUCGACCUCCUCCACCAAACAGAUUUGGCAUCAUGCCAGGUUACCGCUGGGACGGUGUUGAUCGGUCAAAUGGUUUUGAAAAACAAGUAUACGCAAAACAAGCAGAGAGAAAAGCAGUGUCUGAACAAGCUUACAAAUGGAGUGUUGAAGAUAUGUGAUGACAUCAACAUUUAGACCUUGAGUCAUCGAUUUCCAAUUUCUAGUUACUGUAAGGUGGAAAAUGAUGAUACCAUAUUUGGAAAGGUAUCAAGUUAUUGGCAUAUAGCCUCAAAGACGAGCAGAACUUGGCCAAAUUGUCAUUAUCUUUGAGAAAGUGUGUCACUGAGUGAAAAAUUAUUCGCAGAAGUUUUGUGGAACUGACUGGUGUAAUCAUGUUUGAUGGAACAAGUGCUGGGCUAAUAAUGACGAGCAGUUACAAGGGUUGUGAACUUGUGAGAAUAAUAAUAUGAACAUGGGGAAAUUUCUGCUCUGACAUCAAAACAUACUGUGUAACAGGUUAAUUUUAUUGACGUAAAAGUUGACAGAUAAACUGAUAAUUUGAAUUUAUAUGAAGCCAAAUUUUACCAAUCUAAAUUGGUCGUAAAAAGUGAAACAUUGCAGCAUUUAAAUAGUACAAGUUUUAUUGUUGUAUUUUGUUGAUAUAAUUGUCAUUUACAUCAUCUGAAAGGAAUUAAAAUUUGUAUGUCAUAGUA